GGAGUAGUAUUGGUAGUGAAGGUGAAAGGAAACAGGAGCGAAACGGAUCAGAAGUGAGAAUUGGAACGAGAAUUAAGCAAGCGAACAGGGGGGGAUGUAAGAAGAGUAAAUGCGAAAUGGAAGUGGAAGUGGAAGAAUAAGAAGAGAGACUGAAGGUGGAGAGAGGGGGGCGGUGGUGUGAAUUUGCGCGCUUAGUUUGGGUUGUGGGAUGAGGAAUCGAUCAUUGACUGUGAACAAACAAUGGGUGGGCGGGACAAGAAAGGUGGAAAAGAGAGUGAGAAAAAGAGCAGUGCAGCGGGCGCUCGGAGCGGACGGGAGGCGAAGGCGAGAAAGACAGAGACAGUCAGAGACAGCCAGAGCCAGAGCCAGAGAGGGAGAAAGCGCAGAGAAGAAAGCAAGAGGGGCUGAGCCAGUGGAAAGGAAAGGAAGUCUGGUGGAGACCCGCAAGGGAAGCGCGGUAACUUACGUACCUGACUUGUAUGAGGAUGCAACGGAUGGAACUACUAGGUAUUCAUUCCUUCAUUCGAGUCCCUAGUUCCCCUAGUCAGUGGUUAAUGUGGUUAAUCAGUCCCUGG